AGUAAUAAAACUAAAAGAUUUGCUCAAGGUGGAUGUAUGUGUUUGGAAUUUGGAUUUACUGAAUCCGAUAGACAUCGUUAGUGUCGCUGUUCUGUUAUCAAAAGUCAAAAACUCUCUCCCAUCAGAAUCAGAUUCUUCAACAAUCUCUCCCUCUCUCUCUGCAAAUUAUUGUUGCAAUGGAUCGCACACAAAUUCUUCUUGUUGGUUUACCAAUCUUCCUUUUCUGCACAGACAUUUUCAAUCUUUUCACUACAUCACCACCUCCCAAAUCAACUCAUCAUAAUCACAAUCACCCAAUUCCUCAACCUCAACAACAAUCACAUCUUCAACAACCACUUGAUUUUCCAACACAGAAACAAAAUGGAAUUGGCCCAAUUGGUGGUGUUGGUCCAGUUGGUGUUGGCAAUACUGUUAGCAUUGAUUUCUGCACUUCAUGUUCUUACAAGGGAACUGCGGUAACAGUGAAAAACAUGCUGGAAUCUUUAUUUCCAGGCAUUAAUGUUGUUUUGGGCAACUAUCCUCCCGCACUUCCGAAGCGCGUUCUUAGCAAAAUAAUUCCAGUGGUGCAAACUGGAGCUGUUAUAGCUAUAACUGCAGGUGACCAGAUAUUCCCGAGAUUGGGAGUGACACCACCACAAUUGUACUAUUCCUUGCGUGCCAAUAAGUUUAGAAGUAUUGCUAGCAUAUGGCUUCUUUCAAACUUCGUUCAAUCCUUCUUACAGAGUUCCGGUGCUUUCGAAGUAUAUUUCAAUGGCGAAUUGGUUUUCUCAAAGCUGAAGGAGAACAGAUUCCCUGGCGAAUUUGAGUUGAAGGAACUUAUUGGCAGAAGAAUAGGUACACAUGUGAUUUGAAGCAGAGAAAAUUGAAAGUAGAGAAAUCAAUUAUUAUUUAGUUUGUGCAACUUGUUAUCUAAUCUGUUAGGUAAGAUAUUGAAUACUGAUGAAGCAUUAGUUUUACCAAGCCCUUUUUAAAGUUCUCACUUUUGUAUUUUGAAACUUCUCUUUCUUUGUAAUGAUAACUAGUUAUCAUAUUCAUAGAGUAGUGAUAUAUAUGGCAUUAUUCAUUCAUUGACAAACACGAAGAAAUUAAAUCGGAGCUUCCCGUUUGAGUUUUGUAAGAAGAUAGUUGAAAUGAGAUUGCUUGAGUUGAAGUGGAGUGACA